AAACGCUGCCGAUGCGCGAGAUGGCGGACUUGGAUGCAGUGCACCUGGGACUGGACGAGAACGAGGCGGACAUUGCCGAGGAGCUGCAGGACUUUGAGUUCAACACGCGGAGCGAGGCCUCCGAGUCGAACGGGGGCGACUCCACGGACUCGGAGCCCAGCAUCAGUUCGGUGAGCACGGCCACAUCCUCGCUGGUGGGCAGCGGCAGCAAGCGGAAGACCAAGAAGCUGGCCAAGGAGAGCCCUCAGGUGGAGGUGCCCAAAACCUCCAAGUCCACAUCCUCCUCCUCCAAGAACAAAGCCAGCAAACGGGAGCCCACGCCCGAGGAGCUGAAUGGUGGCAAUAAGAAAAAGAAGCCCAAGAAAACGGCUUCCUCGGAGCCCUCGGAGAAGGUCAAAUCCAAAUCCCCGCCAGCCGAGGAACGCCAGCCGCCGGCCAAGAAGUCGCGGAGCAAGAAACCUUCCAGUAUCAACGAUUCUGGGGCCCACAAAAGCGAUGCCAGCGAGGCGGAGGAUGAGAAACCAGCUCUUCCAACGCUAGAGUCCGAUAGCGAGUCCUCCGACUCGGAUUCGGGCACCCAGCACAAGCGAAACGGAGGCAAUGGCGGCGGCAAUGCCCGCGGUAAACCCAAUUCCAAGAGCUCCACGCCCGAAAAGGAUUCCGUGGGCGGCGGUUCGCAGUCACACGCUCAAAAGGGCUACGACUACAUGACCAAGCUGAACUACCUGUUCCGGGACACGCGCUUCUUCCUCAUCAAGUCGAACAACAGCGACAACGUUCAGCUCUCGAAAAGCAAGAGCGUGUGGGCCACGCUGCCGCAGAACGACGCCAAUCUUAACCAGGCCUUCAAGGAGGCCCGAAAUGUGCUGCUCAUCUUCUCGGUGAACGAGAGUGGUAAAUUUGCAGGCUUCGCCCGGAUGGCGGCGCCCUCCCGGCGGGACAUUCCCCAGGUGGCCUGGGUGCUGCCGCCAAGUAUUUCGCCCAAGGCGCUGGGCGGCGUCAUCGAACUGGACUGGAUCUGCCGCAAGGAGCUGUCCUUCAACGCCACCCUGCAUCUGCACAACACCUGGAACGAGGGCAAGCCGGUGAAGAUCGGUCGCGACGGCCAGGAGAUUGAGCCCAAGAUCGGCGCCGAGCUGUGUCGUCUCUUCCCGGAGGACGAGCAAAUCGAACUGACGCCCAUACUCAAGAAAUCCAAGGAGACGGCCCGGGUGAUGCGGGAAAAGGGCAUCCACGUGAUCUACAAGCCGCCCAGGAGUCUCUCCUCCCGCGGACACGGCGGUGGCGGCGGCGGAGGAGGACGUGGCGGAGGCAGGGACCAUCUGGGUCCGAUGCGUCACAAGAGGAGCUACCACGGACCACCGCACCACCGGCCGUACCGUCAUCAUCAUGGCAUGGGUCUUCCACCGGGCGGCGGCUUCAAGCGGAGCGGUUCUCCCUACCGCCAGAUGGGCGGUGGAGCAGGAGCACCACCCGGUGGACCCGGCGACAUGACCAUGCCCGCGUGGGAGCGCUACAUGUCCUCCGCAGCAGCUGCCGAAGCCUACGUGGCCGACUAUAUGCGCAACAUGCACGGCCAACUGCCGCCGUUGCCCUUCGUUCCUCCCUUCGCCCAGCUGCCGAUGCCAGGAGCCGCGGGCGGAGCAGCCGGUGCCCUGCCACCGGGAGCGGCGGCCAUGUACGAGCAGCUGCCGCCACCGGUGCGCUACUACGAUGGACCGGGUGCACCUCCCCUGCCGGAUUAUCCGCCGCCGCAGAGGCCACCGCCGCCGGGCUUCGACAAGGCGCCGAGCUACGAGGAGUUCGCCGCCUGGAAGAACGCUGGCCUGCCCACAGUGCCACCGCCGGGCUUUCCCGUCUACGGCGGAGCGGCCAAUGGCGGUAGCAAUGGCGGAGCUGGUGGAGCGGCUGCUGCUCAGGCGGCGGCCGGCGGAGGCAUGGGAGGAGGCGGAGGCGGCGGCGGAGGAUCAGGCGGCGGCGGAAUGGGCGGUGGUGGACCCGGUGGCUAUCGGAAUCGCGACGGCAACAACGGCUCCGCGGGCCCACGUCGGCGGGAGUACGGAAAUCGCAGCGGCGGCGGCGGCGGCGGCGGAUCUUCGCGGGAUUCGCGACCGUUUCGCGAGCGUGGCGGCGGCGGUGGCCAGCGAAGCUAUCGGGACAACAGGCGUUAGAAUCGGAAAGUGUAAUCCUAAUCCCCGCUCGCGUGUGAAAAUUCAAAUUACGGUAUAAGCGAAAAGUUAUGAUAUGAUAAAUGAUGAAAAACCGGCUAUCGUCUAAAGUCGAUACAACUCUCUUUUCCCCUUUCUCUCUCCAAAACAACACCCCCCCACCACCCACACUAAGAUUAAAAGAAAAACAAACUUACGACCUAAGCAAAUUUCAAAACAAGCAGAGAUCUUAAUGCUAAUUAAAUAUUUUAAAACACAAAAAAAAUACAAAAUGAAAGAGAGAAAA